UUUGGUUCCCAAUGCCCAUUUCAAUCCCAAAAGAUUUCAACUUGAGCUAUUCUGUUUGGCGCUCUCCAAUCUACUCUGCAACUCCCUCAUUCAGAUUCCCAACUACUCUGUCGCACCCAAAGAACCAAGACCCUCCCACCAAACCAAACCCAACACGAUCAUCAUGCCUGUCUCUAUUGAACCCCCUAAACUUUUCACUCCCCUCUUUUUCUUCCCCACCCAACUCCGAGACUUGAAAAGAUCAGCACUUUGUGUUCCUUACAACUUACCCAGUUCUCUUCUUGCUCUGUUUCUCAUUCUCCUUUUGGUCUACAACAGCUUCCGUAUCUUCUGCAUCACUCUCCCUUUUCCCGCCAAACCCCCGCCGGAGCCCGCCUUUUUCUCGCCGCCAAAUAUCGCCGGGUACUCCUUAUUUCGGGCCCCUCCGUUUCGUUCUUCUUCACCAUCAACGAAGCUUCAUUCCUCUUCUGUCAUGUAUGUUGUGAAGGAGAACGCACCCAUGUUCCUGAAGAGCUCUAGCCAUUUGGCCUCUCUGCAAAACCCAACAAGCUCAUUCAUUCCCUUCUCGAAAUUCAAGUCUCAGAGGCCAAGAAAGUUCGGAAAACACAAGCGCAAGCAUAAAGCCGGACCAGUUGAGAUGAAGCUGCCUCUGUUUCGGAGUCAGUUCCCAACAAGAAUGAAAGUGUUCUUCAGUGGAAACUCUUCUGGUUCUCCUUGCAAAACCAGGUUUUUCAUGACGUGGAUUUCAUCAAAGACUCUUGGAAACAGGGAAUUGUUGGCUAUGGAGAGUGUGUUCAAAUCCCACCCGAAUGCUUGUUUGGUCAUAGUCUCGAAGUCCUUGGAUUCGGACAAGGGACUUCAAGUCCUAAAGCCGUUUUCGGAUUCGGGUUUUCGAGUAAUGGCAAUUGCUCCUGAUUUUGAUUACUUGUUCCACAAUACUCCAGCUGAGGCUUGGUUUUUGGGGUUGAGGAAAGGCAGUGUGAGACCUGGUGGAGUCUCAAUUGGACAGAACCUCUCCAAUGUGCUUAGGCUUGCUUUGUUGUACAAGUAUGGUGGGAUUUACUUGGAUACUGACGUUAUAGUUUUGAGAAGUUUGUCAAAGAUGAAAAAUGUGAUUGGGGCUCAGACACUUGAUCUCCAAACAGGUCAUUGGAGCCGAUUGAACAAUGCCGUGUUGGUUUUCGACAAGAAUCAUCCAUUGCUCUUCAAGUUCAUUCAGGAAUUUGCCCUGACUUUUGAUGGUAACAAAUGGGGUCACAAUGGACCUUACUUGGUUUCAAGGGUGGUUUCAAGGAUCAAUGAAACACCAAACCCUGGUUUCAACUUUACUGUGCUAACUCCCUCAGCAUUUUACCCGGUGAAUUGGAGUCGAAUUCGGAGUAUUUUUGGUGGUCCGAAAGAUGAAGUUCACUCGAAAUGGCUGCUUACAAAGUUGGAGCACAUUCGUUCUCGUAGCUUCGCAUUGCACUUGUGGAAUAGUCAGAGUAGAAGAUUGAAGGUUCAGAAGGGCAGCAUUAUUGAUCACAUAAUGUCAGAUUUUACCAUCUGUUACAAUUCUUCUUCUGCAGUUUCAAGUUUGUCAUUAUAGAAGAAGGUUCACGUACACUUGUGUAGUCACUUGUCUUAAGUAAUGUUUUUAAUGGUUGUUCUUGUAUAUGGAUACAGUAGUGAUGAUUGAGAAAGGAAUAAGAGCAGAUAAGAUUUCAUUUUCA